CCUUGCUGUGCUUGACCAAUGUCUUUCUCCAUCCACUCUGCCUCGGGGAGGCGUGUCGACCUUCUCAACCCAGUCGACGUACACCCGCACGAGAUGAUCCGCAGUCGUAUGUCAGAAAGCAUGUCUCCACCUUCUGCACACGCGGUCGUGCACGACGACUCGGUUUCCCCGACGUCUGCUUCUCUCUCCCCCCUGAACUCGUCCAUGCAUCCUCUCGAGCCUACCUCGGGGAAGCGUAUCUACCGCUGCCAGGAAUGCCAGAAGGUCUUCUCCACGUCCGGCCAUCUCACAAGGCACUCCAAGGUACACACUGGGGAGAAGAACCAUAUUUGCCCCUAUCCCGACUGCCAGCGUCGCUGCUCGCGGAGGGACAACCUUCUCCAACACUAUACGAUGCACCUGACCAAGGAGGAGCGCGACUUGCCCACGACUUACGUUCGUGAAGCACUCUCGGCUAUGCAAGCGCGUAUGGGAACAUACGUCCACCCGUACCCGCGAGGUGCCACUGCCGCUGGGCCGCCUCCCCAACUACCGCCAAUGCGCGUCGAACGCAGCCUACAACAGCAUGUGUACCCCAUCCCCACGUCGUACCCGACCCAUCGGUACCCCGAGCAUGUAGCCUAUGCUCGUCAUGAGCAUCAUACUCAGCGUCCAGUGCUGCUCACUUCCAGCCCUUCCCCUGUCAAGCGCCCACUUGAGCUCGAUAUGGACGACGAUAUGCGCCGUCCCCCCAGCAUGCGCCGCACUUCCUCGUCUUCCAGCGGCUCGACCAGGGAGCCGAUCACCCCGCCAAUGCCUGGUGCACCGCGCAUGAACAUGACCAAGAAGGAAUACCUCCCCCAGAUGCCCGAAGAACGCAGGUUCCAAGUGUCUUCUGUGCGCGGCACGCUGUAACACGCAUACAAGGAUCGCUCGCUGGACUCAAGCACGUACAUAUCGCAACAUAAGUGUUUUCAACCAAGCACAGUCACCAAAUGGGCUGUUGUGUCUUUCUCUUCUGUCGUCCCGUGUAUUCUAUGUAUCAUCGCUGAAGAUACGUGUAUCAGUUUAAAUAUUUCGAUUUCUGCCGAG